CGUUCACACAUUGCAAUUUCAUUGCACCGAAAGUGAAAACUCUACAAAUCAGUUCUCCAGUGAAGAAGUGUUCAUUGUUUACAGAUCAGCUAUGGAGGGCCAAAAUGCUCCCACUAUUGAUGUCAUAGUAGAAAGGAUCCUAAGCAACUGGGCUGCAUUGAGACAAGCCGUUGAACACGGCAUGGGAUCCUCUGACAAGGCUCGUGUAUUUGUACAGUGGAUCGUAGACACUCUCAACAUGAAUGAUGAAUUAGAUGCACUAGAUUUGCAGGAUGAACUAUUUGAAUAUAUGGAUGAUCAGUUUCAGACUCAGCUUGAAGACAACAGUGAAAAAGAAGUGGCUCUACUUGUAAUACAAUUUUACAAGCUAUUCAAAAACAAUGACAUGACGGGCAUUGAAAUUGAAUAUAAUAAAUUACCACCUACUCUACCAUGGAUUCUUUCAAAUAGAAACAUCAGACCCGCUGCUAGAAUAGGCAACGCUGCUGAAGAAGACUCAUCGAGUGAUGAUGAAGAUGACUCAAGUGAUAAUGAAAAUGCCAUGGAAGUAGAAGAUGGAUGGGAGGUAGUAUCAAGAAGAAGAUAAUAUCUGUUAUCUUAGUUAUAAAACUAAUGUUAAGUUUUAGACUGUUUAUUUAUAAUUGUAAAAAUUUCUUUUUACUGGACAGAUUAAGUUUAAUUAUAUUUUUGAUCAUAAUUAUUACUUGGACUGUCAACUAAUAAACAUUGUAGUCUGUACAAAGAUAUUUACAUUUGUACAUAUAUGCUAUCAAAAUAUUUUUUUGAUCAGUUAUGAAACAAUGAUUGAUCAUAAGCAGCAUUGUAUACAGAUUGUAUUUUUAUA